AUGAAAAAAAAUUAUAAUUUAGAAAUUUAUAAAUUAAACUUAGUUGAUAAUAAAAUAUUUAAUUCAAUUGAUGAAUUUUAAUUUAUAAAAGAUCCAAUAAAAAAUAGAAUACAAUUAGGAAUGGGAAGCUUUGGCGAAGUAAAAUUAGCAAUAAAUAAAAAAACAUAAGAAAAAUAUGCUAUUAAAAUAAUGAAUUUGAAAAAUAUGCAUUCAUUAUAAGAAAUUUAAGGUAUAGAAAGGGAAAUUAGAGUUCAUAGUUAAUUAAAUCAUCCAAAUAUAAUAUAAUAUUAUGAUAGUUUUUAAGAAAAUGAACUAGUUUUUAUUGUUUUAGAUUACGCAUAAAAUGGAAAUUUAUAUUCUUAUUUAUAAAAAAAAAAACAUUUUAGUGAAAAGGAAGCUUUCAAGUUUUUUUAUUAAACCUGUUAGGCAUUAAAGUAUUUACAUGAAAUGAAUAUUGUACAUAGAGAUAUAAAACCAGAAAAUAUUUUAAUUGAUGAAAACCUUUAAGUUAAAUUGUGCGAUUUCGGAUGGUGCACUGAAGAUAUGGAAAAUCCAAGAAAUACAUUUUGUGGAACAUACGAAUACAUGGCACCUGAAAUAGUAUUUAGAUAAUAAUAUGAUUAUAGAAUAGAUAUAUGGGCAUUAGGGGUAUUAAUAUAUGAGUUUUUACACGGUUCAGCUCCUUUUAAAGGAAAAAGUUUGAAAGAAAUACAAUUGAAAAUUUAAAAAGGAGAUGUACUAUUUUCUACAUAAAUAACAGACUUAUCAAAAAGUUUAAUAUGCAAAUUAUUAUAAGCGAACCCUUUAAAAAGGAUAUCAAUAGAUGAUAUUUUAUAGCAUCCAUGGAUGUAAAAAAUGAAAGAAGGACAUGAAAUUUAAUCAAAUAAAAAGAAUAGUGAUAGGUUAAUAUGUGAUUAACCAAAGAUUAAAUAAUAAACAAUAAUUGUUUAAAAACCAAAUAAUAAUAAUAUAAGUUAAAGUCCUCUUACUUUGUAAAAAAAAUAAUAAAAAAGCAUAUAAUUAUAAUAAGAAAUUAUCAAAAAUGAUAAUUUUUAAGUAAAUUUAAAAAGUGAAAAUAAAAGCUAAUGUUGUAGUUAAUCGAACAUAAAAAAUUUUUAAGAUUAAAAAGAAAACAUUUUAACUGCUUAAAAGAAAAAACUUUUGCAGAAUUAAAGAAUUCAUAAAAUAUGUCAAUUAAUGAUGAAAAUAAUGACUACAUUAAAAACUAAUAGAUGUAUAAAAAAUAAGAAAUUAAUAUUCCUUUAUAAAUAGAAAAAAUAGAAAAUAUAUAAUAAAACUAUUUGGAUAAUAAAUAUUAAAAAAAUAUUUUAUUAAAAGAAGAUGAAAAUAAAAGUUCAUUUCAUAUAGAAGAAAAAAUUAAGAAUAAAAUUCGUUUUAUGA